AGCCCCGCCCCCUGGCUCAGCCCUUUGCUGGUGUCGGGAGCUGCCCGGCCGGCCCCAUCCCAGGCCCUGGGUCCUUCCCGAGGUCGGUCGCCCCGAAGUCUGGGUCGCGGGGAGUCCGCCCGGGGAGUGGCCGGGGCAGCCACCAACAGAGGUUGAACCAUCUUUAUCAUUUAUUAGACAUUUUAUAAAGGUAAACAGUAAAAAAGUAAUAUGUCUGAUGAGGUUUUUAGCACAACUUUGGCCUAUACGAAGAGUCCAAAAGUUACCAAAAGGACUUCUUUCCAGGAUGAGCUAAUAAAAGCAAUUACAGCUCGCUCAGCCAGACAGAGGAGUUCUGAAUACUCAGAUGACUUUGACAGUGAUGAGAUUGUUUCUUUAGGUGAUUUUUCUGACACCUCAGCAGAUGAAAAUUCAGUUAAGAAAAAAGUGAAUGAUUUCUAUAUAUCAGAUGAAGAAAGAAAUUCUCCAAAACUGUCUUUUUUGAAAACCAAGAAAUCAAACAGUGACAUAAUGAAAAAUGGGCUUUUACUCUCCAAAAAUGAGGAGACGGUGCCUAAUGGUCAUGAAGACGUGAUUGCGAAUCCCACAUCUCAACCUCAAAAUAAAAACCAGGAAAUUGAAAAGGAGAAACUUGAAAUGAAGCCUAAACCUAGAAUUCUUUCUAUCAAAAGCACACCUUCAGUAGAAAACAGCUGCCUGGAAGCAGAUAACCACUUAAAGCCUUCACCUCGACCAAGAAGCUUGUUGAAAAAGCACAAUCAAAGGGAGGAGAAAGUUGGGCUGGAAGAUAAAGAAACUGCCCUCCCUGAAGAAUGUAAAGAAUGGGAAGAAUCAGAGGCACAGCCUACACCUUUGCCCCCACCAAGGCUGAAAGGCAGACAGGUGGAACCUGAGGAAAAAACAUGCUCUCAAAACCUGGAUCCUGAGGGCCCAUGGUUAACACGUCUAUCAUCAUCAUCUCUUAAAGAAAGUCUUGAAGAUUCCUUUUCACCAAGAUCUGGAGAAAAAGCUUCUAUACGAGGUAAUCAGAAUGAAGAAUUCAGUGAAACCCAAAAUUCCUUGAAAUCAAAUGAAAAUGAAGAGAAUUCAUUAUUGGAUGAUGUUACUAUUGCACUUGAGAAAUCCAGUGAAAGUCAAGUGACUACUGAUGACCUUGAAGAAGAAAAGAAGACUGAAGUGAAUGUGAAUGACGACGCAACAGCUGAUGUCCCACAAUUGCAGUCUCAGAGUAUCUUAAUAUCCAACAGUGCAGCUGAAUCCACAAAGAAAACAAUUGAAGAUAGAAAUAUGAAGAAUAAAAAGUCGACAAAUAAUAGAGCAUCCAGUGCAUCUGGCAGAUUAAUAACCUCAGAGUUUUUAAAGAAACCUAGUUCUAUAAGGAGAAUUUCCUCGGCAACUACCUCUUCUCACUACUUAGGGACUUUGAAAGUCUUGGACCAAAAACCCUCACGGAAACAGAGCAUAGAACCUGACAAAGCAGAUAGCAUAAGGGCAGCAGUUUACCAGGAAUGGUUAGAAAAGAAAAAUGUAUAUUUACAUGAAAUGCACAGAAUUAAAAGGAUUGAAAGUGAAAACUUAAGGAUCCAAAAUGAACAGAAAAGAGCUGCUAAGAGAGAAGAGGCAUUAGCAUCAUUUGAGGCUUGGAAGGCUAUGAAAGAAAAGGAAGCAAAGAAAAUAGCUGCAAAAAAAAGGCUCGAGGAAAAAAACAAGAAGAAAACUGAAGAAGAAAAUGCCGCUCGGAAAGGAGAGGCGCUCCAAGCUUUUGAAAAAUGGAAAGAGAAAAAGAUGGAAUAUCUUAAGGAGAAAAAUAAAAAGGAGAGAGAAUAUGAAAGAGCAAAGAAACAGAAAGAGGAGGAAACUGUUGCUGAGAAAAGGAAAGAUAACUUAACUGCUGUGGAGAAAUGGAAUGAAAAAAAAGAAGCUUUUUUCAAAGAAAAAGAAAAGGAGAAAACAAAUGAGAAAAGAAAGGAAGAACUGAAAAGAGCUGAGAAAAAAGAUAAAGAUAAACAAGCUAUUGACGAAUAUGAAAAAUGGCUGGAAAAGAAAGAAAGGAAGGAAAGAAUUGAACGAAAACAAAAGAAACGGAAUUCCUUUCUUGAAAACGAGGCACUACCUCCGUGGAACCCUCCAAGCAGAACUGUGUUCUCAAGGGUCUUUUGAUAAUUCUUCAUUUUUACAUUAUUUAGUUAUCAAUUCACCAAUUUUAGCCAUGGGUAUAAAACUAUUCAUUCAAUUAUUACAGUUAGAAGAGUCAAUCAUAAUCAAAUGUCAGCACUUCUAUUGACAUUGAAAAAGAUAUAUUUAAGUUAAUCAUUCAAGCCUUUUUUGAGCUAUAGAUAAACUGCCUCAAAUGAAAACCACUAGAUUGCUCUUCACAUUAAAAUUAAUAACCCUCUGUCAUAUCCUGAUCAUUCUUAAAACAGAUGACCCGUGAUCCCUCCCACUAAGUUGUAUGUGUUAUUUAAGUAUGUUUAUUUCCAAUAAGGAAGUUGAAAGUCUACCUAGGUACCAUAAUCAUACAAUUAAUUAAAUGUGUGAAUGCUUGUUCAUCUAGAUAAUGGUUUUAACAUGAAUAGGUGCUGUGGAGAAUGCAUAGGUUAUUUUUAAACUAAUUUUUGACUCAAAGCUCUUGCAUUUGUACUGUGGAAGUUAAGGAUUCAGACCAUUGAAGCAGUAGUUCAGUAGAACUCUAAUCAUCAAAACAUCUUGUUUUAAGAAUUUAGCCUUAUGUUUUAAUGAGUGAGUGUACUUUUUCCUUCCAAGCUUCUGUGACAAUCAUAAGCACUUUCUAAUGAGCUGACCUCUGAAAUUUAUUUUUCUAAAUUUUUUAUUAUUUUCUAAAUUUGUUUAUUAUUUCAGUGCUACCAAAAGAUAUCCAUUUCACAGUAGUGAUGUGCUUGCACAUUAAUAUGGAAAUCCCACAAGAGAUCAAGGUCAUUAUCGCUACUGUUAUUUUCCAAACUAAAGUCAUGAAGGUGAUUAAAGCAAUUGACCUCUUAACAUAUCCCGUUUUGUAGUUAAUAUUUAGGAGUCAGCUGUAUGGGAAGGUAAUUUGUAAAAAAAUGUCCAAAGAGCCUUUGUUUAUUUAUUUGAUCUCUAAAUGUCUUUGUAUUAAUUGUACCUAUACUUGAAUUGGUCUGCUAGUUAUUACAGACCAAGUGUAUGCUGUUGGAGUUGAAAUGCUGCUUCAGCCAACAAUGAAAUGCAGAGAUGAUGGAUGUGAAUAAUUCUUACUUAUUAAGAACCUAUUAUAUUCUCUCUGCUGGGUCUUUACAAAUGUCAUUUCUCAUCUUUAUAACUACUUAGGGUAGAGGUUAUUAGUCUCAUUUUGCCGAUAAAAAUCCCGAAGCUCAGAAUGAACAACUUGCCGUACAUAUUGCACAUGACUGAGUGUCAAUUAGCCCCAUCUCCCUCCAGAAUCUAUGCUUUUUUCAUGCUUUCAGGUGAUCUAGAGAGAAUUGUGUUCUGUUAAAACCUCUGUGUAGAUCUUACCUCCCAUAUCCUAAAUCAUGUAUAGUAGUUUAGAGAUUAUAUAUCCCUUAAGAUAGAGUUGUUUGUUAUUAAAGAUAGUGGAUUUCAUUAAAUCUGUAAAAUGAAAUAAGAAUUCAUCGUAUCUAAGGAGUCAGUCAGACAUCUCGUAUCUAGUAUUAGAAUGUCAAAAAAACCCAGUGGGUUAUGAAACGUACGUACACUUGGAGACAGUCCCUCAAGAGACCUCACACUACGGUUUUGCCUUCCUACUGCAGUAUAUGUGCCAGAUAAGAAAAUAUCAUGGAUCGUUUUGUAAGGUCAUUUUAGUGUUAUAGACAAAAGACAUCUCAUAAACAAAACUGGAAGCCUUUCUAUACUGCCAGAACUUGGGGAAUACUUAAUGAAACCAUCACCAGCAAUAUGUAUUAUCACCAUGAGGUUUUGAGUCUCUCUUAUUUGUUCCUUUAUACCACAUAAUACAAACCUACCAGAAUCCACUGGAAAGUGUUUAUUGUAUUGAAUUAGUUUAUGUUCAACUAAGAAGAUAUUUGCAAAUUCCAGGGAAGUGAAAAAACUUGGGGAAAAGUACAGCUCCUUUUGGAAGUUCAGAUCAUAAUGGUGUAUCAUUAAUUUCACAUUAAAUAGCUCCCUAUACUUCCUGAUGAUUUCUUCUGCACUGUCUAUUGGGUGGCUUCUUAUCGCCUCUUAAGUCAUUAAACAUAUGGAACCUAAUAACUUAGUAAAUGUUCAAUGCUACAUGGGCCCUACAUUUCCCCACUCUGGCAUGAGAAGAAGUUAAGGUCAACAGGGAGCAUUGGUAAUAGUUAUUUAACACUACGUAUUUUUAGCACCCAAGAAGAAAUUUCCAUUUUUCUGGACAGUCUAGACUGUGUCACUGAAAUGGAAAGACAAAGGUAAUCCAUAUGAGAGCCUCCCUGAAAAGUAAAUACUACUUUCUUAGUGUUGUUUGUGAGCAGGAUGAUAGGGAAAUUGAGGUAAAGAUCCAACAAGUUAUUUCCCUCAUAUGGUGAUUUUUGUCUUAUUAUGAUAAAUACUAUAUUAUUUCCUGUUUAGAGCAACCUGCUAAAAUUAUUUAGUGGAAUGAAAUCACCUCUUCUCCUGGAGCAGAAAUAAAUCUGAGUUUUGUGAGCUGGGUGCCAAUUUAGGACUUUUUGUUUUCCGAGAUCCACAGGAGAGAAUCAAGCAUAUCCUCUUGAAUAUAUUUAUCUAGUUAAGGGAUAUGACAUCCCCAAUUUCCUUAGAAUGGUUUAGAAUAGCUAUUUGUUCAUUAAGUUGUAUUAAUUUCUAAUAUAAGGGAUUUUUAAUUCCAAUUAAGGACACUAAAAGCUUGUCAAUUUGCAGAUCAAACUUCUAAUUUAUAAACUGUAUUUACCACCUGAAGAAUAUCACACUUCAAAAUAAAGAAAAUAGGAACUUUAUGAAUAUUAUAAAACACUACUGAAAGCAAUUUUUCUCUGGAAAUUUAACCAAUAAUAAAAUGUAAGUUUUUAUACAGAAUUUCAUUUUCAUAAUAACCAAGAAUAUGAGAACAUCACAUAACUAAAAAGAAACUAUGGCAUUUUAGAUCAGAAGAAGGUUAAAAUUCUCUUAAUGGAAGAAAAUGCAAAACAUUCAAGGGAUAAUAAUAUUCCGGUGGUUCUUAUUGCAUCACAUUUUGAAAAUGCGUUUGUAUUUUGGCUUUAAAUAGUAUUACAACUGAUAUUUUUUACUGUUGCCAAAGCAGAGGCUGAGAGUAGUUAGGUGUCACAGUUGAUUUAACUAUGCAUCUGAAAGGGGUUUAAUAAUAAGUUUGCUUUAAAGUCUUUCUACGUCAACAAAAAUAAAUUUCCCAAGAUGUUGACUUGGUCAAGCUCAUGCAUCUAACUGUAAGAUAUUGAGAGUUAGGACUUGGGUUCCAGGCGCCAGUUGUCCUGUCCUCACCAUUCCACAAUUUUGAUAAUCAGUUAAAUUUUCACACUAACUUUUGUAAUUGUGCUCGUUAAUAACUUAGAUGAUUUUUAUUCUCUCAGAUAUUCUCUUAUUUCCUCCGUCUGUUAUGGCUGCUCAUUAACUAUCCACUAGAUCAGAGCUGUUUGGGCACCUGUGAUAUCAGUGAGCACAUGGGGAAGGGCUGAAGUUUUUUAAAUCCAGAGUCCAGAACCUUUAUCUAAAUCACUCAAGAUAAGAGGAAUUUCACAAAAUGGGAGAGAUUGCAUGUUAGUUAAAAUAGUUCCUAAGAAUAAGCUAUUAUACAAGAAACAUUUAAUCUAGGCUAUUCAAUAGUGCUGUGUUAUAAAGUCUUUAAACCCAUACACUUCCAUUUCACACAAAGCUAGGAUAUUACCAGUUUUCCUGCUUACUUGGAACAUUGGCUGACAGAUCAAUAAUUACAGUCUAAAUGCUUAACUGGAGACUAGUCUGAAUUCAUUCACUGUAAAAAUUGUAUGUGAUAAUAUUAUUUUGAAACAUGUAUGUCACAUGUAAUUGUACAAUGGCUAAAUGGUAGACAAAAUUCUCAAUAUUGAAAUUAGGAUGUUGUAUUCUCUGACAAGAUAUACUUAAUGUUUGCAUUUUAGUAGCAUAUUUUAAUGUAAUGCUUAAUUAAAGUGAAGAAGUUAAGGCUUAUUAUAUUGGGUCAUGUUAUUUAUUGACUGUGCCAGAAUUUCAUUUCAUAAUUUUAGGCAAUGUGGUAUGAAGUGUGUUCUUUUUGGGGGAGUGGGGAGAGUGUGAAAGUCUAAAGAUAAAAUAACCUUAUUAUGUUCAUAUAUCCUUUAGUAGAAAUAACUGAAAAUAUGGGUAUAAAGCUAACUAUAUAACUUAAAAAAUAAA